AUGUCUCCUCUUCUGUCUGCUCCCCCGGCGAAGACCCAAAACAAACUCAACAAUGUCCUCAAUAACGUUGCCAAACAAUGCAACACAUCGCCCGACCAAGUCCAAGAUGUCUACCCUUGCACGCCGCUGCAGCAGGGCCUGAUAGCCCUAUCCGUGACGACCCCGGGCGCGUACAUGGCACAGCAUGUGUACAAGCUGCAGCCCGGGGUCGAUCAGGAACGCAUGAAACAAGCCUGGAGCGCCGUCUUCCAGAAACACGCGAUCCUGCGCACGCGCAUCCUGAUGCUCGGAGAAAAUGCCAUGCAGGUGGUGCUGAAGCACGCGGUGGGCCCGUGGAGCGACUGCAGCGAUCUGCAGGCAUAUCUCACAGCAGAUCAAGCGAUCGCUCUGCAACUGGGCGAACCACUGUCGCGACUGGCCAUCUCCGCUUCCCAUGUGGUCUGGAGUGCCCACCACAGCAUCUACGACGGUUUCUCCGUCGAGCUUAUCCUGCGUGACGUCGCCGCUGUCUACGCCGACGGGGAUAUCCCACAACGGCCCUCGUUUCGCCAGUUCAUCCAGCGCACCUUCCAGCAGAAGCAAAAGGCGCAGACUGAGGAGUUUUGGAAGCAGAAGACUGCCCACAUCGAGGAUGUGGAUUUGUUUCCCCGGCUGCCAGCUCCGACACACCGACCGCAGCCCAACAGCGUUUACGAGCGUGAGACGAGACUGUCGAUUGAGGGCCCGUCAAGAGUCACUCUGUCGACCGUCGCAAACGCAGCCUGGGCCCUUGUGCAGUCCAGCCAUCUCGGGGUCGACCAGGUAGCGUAUGGAGCGACAUUAAGCGGGCGCAACAGCAACAUGCCAGAUAUCGACAAGGUCGUUGGCCCUACCCUUGCAACAGUCCCAGUGUGUCUGGACGUGAACCGCAACCAGCUUGUACGCGACUAUCUGCAGGCGACGCAGGCUUACUUCACUGAGAUAAUUCCCCAUCAGCACAUCGGACUGCAGAAUCUGAAGCGAUUGAACGCGACUACGGCGGCAAUUUGCAACUUCCAGACCCUCUUUGCGUUCCAGCCAGCAGGUAUGGCUGAGUCGCAGCCAUAUAGCCAUCUCCUUGCUGAGGAGAACGAGGCUGGAAUCGAUGCUGGUUUCUAUAACUACGCCCUUACCGUGCAGUGCUCCCUUGCCGGGAAUGGAACCUUUAAGCUGCUUGCUUCAUACGACGACAGCCUGAUAUCGCAACCGCAGAUGGAACGGCUUGUCUUCCAGUUCGAGCACAUCGUCUCCCAGCUCAUCACUAAGAACGGGACAGAAAAGCUGAAGGACAUUGACAUUAUUUCUCCCCAGGACCUGGCGGUGCUUGAUGCCUGGGAUAGAAUGGCUGAGCGAUAUCCAGCGCCAUUACCCUUGGACGCAAUCAGUCACUCCAUCGCCGCUCGUCCUAAUGCCACAGCUGUAUCUGCCUGGGACGGCACCCUCUCCUACACACAACUCGACGCCCUCGCAGGGAGACUCGCCAGCUGGCUGGUCCAGAGCUGCAACGUCGGCCCAGAAACAGUGGUCCCGAUUUGCUUCCACCGGUCGCAGUGGAUGAUCGUGUCCAUGCUGGCAGCCCUGAAGGCCGGCGGUGCAUUCCUCCUGCUUGACCCCAUCUACCCAGAGCAGCGUCUCAACUACAUGAUGGACAUGGUGCAGGCUAGAACCAUCUUAAUCUCAGAAUCAUGCAAAGAAAAGUUCACCACGUUCAAUGGAACAGCCCAAGUCGUCGACGCUGCCUGGUUCGACACCCACACCGAAAAAGCCAUCCCUCUUCCUCUAGAGAAGGACCUCCCUUCUGAUCGCGCCAUGUAUCUCGUCUUCACAUCCGGAACCACCGGCCAGCCAAAGGGCGUUGUGACCACCCACCAGAGCUACGCCGUAGGCGCAGCAGGACACAUCCCAGCCCUCGGCCUAGACACAAACACGCGACAGCUGUUCUUCUCAUCCCCAGCCUUCGACUUGAGUAUCUACGAGACAAUUGGGUCCUUAAUGGCAGGCAGCACCAUCUGCGUCCCAGCAGAGGAAGACCGGAACGGCAGCGUCGCGCCCGUUAUACGGAAUAUGAACGUGAAUAUGAUAUCCCUGACUUCGUCGUACGCCCGUCAUAUGCGUCCUGAAGACGUUCCUUGUUUGAAGACGCUUGCCUUGGCGGGAGAGCCCAUGGCGACGGACGUUCAGCGCGUCUGGGCCGAUAAGCUUACUCUGCUGAAUGCGUAUGGCCCGGCUGAGUGCUCUGUUGUUAGUACUGUGAGACGCCCUGUCUUGAUGGAUACGUAUUCUGCCAAUAUUGGUCCACCCACGGCGGGCAGGGCGUGGAUCGUGGAUCCGAAGGAUCAUGACUCCCUGCUUCCCAUAGGAGCUACCGGUGAGCUGCUGAUCGAGGGAGGGCAUCUUGGUCGUGGGUACCUGAAUGAUCCGGAGAAGACGGCGGCAGCGUAUAUCUUUGAUCCCCGCUGGGCGAAGACAAAGGGAUCCGGACCAAGACGGUUAUAUAAGACGGGUGACUUGGUGCACUUUGAUGAGGAUGGGUCUAUCAUUAUCGAAGGACGCAAAGAUACGCAGGUCAAGAUCCGAGGCCAGCGUGUUGAGAUCGCAGAGGUUGAAUACCAUGUUACGAAGUUAUUCCCCAAGGCUGCUGGGACUGCUGUCGAGGUCUUCAGACACGAGAGCCAGGUCCAUCUCAUAGCGUUUCUCUUCUGCGAUGAAGAGACGUGGAAUGGAGGUGAUUCCUCAGAGAAGAUCCUUCAGCGUCUGAGCACCCCUGAUAUAAAGACUAUGUCGGAUAUCAAGCUCCAGCUCGAAAAGGUCCUCCCUCACCAUAUGGUACCUACUCGAUACCAGCUGUGGCCGCACAUGCCCACCUCGCUUUCUGGGAAACUAGAGAGAAAGGCACUACGAGAGGAGCUGCGUCGCCCGAGUGGAAAUAUCAUCGAGCUCGACGAGACAAGUGCCGUCUUUCCUGACAUUGAUCCCUCAGACAGCGUUGCCCUCCGCCUCAACCAGAAGAUCCUGGAUCUCGCAUCCGGCGAGAAGACAGCAGCCCUGGAGGGCCGGGACUUCCCCCUGUCUAUUCUCGGCUUGGACUCAAUCCAGCUUAUCAGCAUUGUGACAUUCAUCCGCAGCGAGUGGGGAACCAAGAUGACAGUCGGCACAUUAUACGACCUCAAGCUCACCCUGACGGACCUGGCAGACCUGAUCAAGGGCCCGCAAUCAGGCAGGACAAGUCCGGCUGUACCAACUCUUGACUUGUCGAAAGAGCUGCAGAGCGUGUACCGGGAAUUAACACGCCGGUCGGAAUCCGUCAAGCAUAAACGAAGGGUCUUCCUGACUGGUGCAACCGGGCUGCUAGGCUCACAGAUCCUGCGUCAACUCCUCGCCGACCCCAGCGUGCAGCGAGUAAUCGUGCAUGUGCGCGCAAGCGAUGCCACCAAGGGCAUGGCCCGCGUUGUAUCUACUGCAACAUUAGCCAAAUGGUGGUCCCCUUCCUACGCAAGCCGGGUGGAAUGCUGGCCAGGGGAUCUUGCAAUGCCCCAGCUCGGUCUCCAGUCUGAGCAGUGGCGGAUGCUCUGCGGACUAGGAGAGCCGGAGACCCGAGUCACCUCAAUCAUCCACAACGGUGCAGCCGUGCAGUGGCAGGCACCGUAUCAGGCGCUCAAGGCUGCGAAUGUGGACUCUACCGUGGAACUGUUAACGGCUGUAGCGCAGUGGGCAGAGCCUGGUAGUUUCACGUUCGUCUCGGGAGGGUUGAAGAAAUCCCCAGGGCAGGACUUUGAGUCGUUCCUGAAGGCCCUGGAACAGGCGAACGGGUACAGCCAGAGUAAAUUCGUUGCUGAGGAGCUGGUCUCGCGCUUUGCGGGCCAUCAGUCUGUCCAUCGAGUCUCAAUUGUCCGUCCCGGUUGGGUUAUCGGGACUGAGCAGGAUGCUGUCCCGAAUACCGAUGAUUUUCUGUGGAAGCUAGUCCAGGCCUGUAUCCAGAUUGGAGCUUAUCCUGCUGAGGGAGGAGAGCAGUGGUUGACCGUUGCUGAUGCUGAGGAGGUAUCAACUCGUAUUCUGGGCACCACAUUUGCAGCCAGUGGUGACUCUCCAUCCGUUGAUAAUGUGGACAAUGGUACCACGGUCUCGCGCUUCUGGGAGCUAAUCAAGGAAGCAACAGGCAUGAAGCUGACCCCGAUGACCGCUGAAAGCUGGAAACAGGCUGCGCAGGACUUUGUUUCUCGCCAGUCGAACCAGGCGCCGUUUUUGCCGGUGCUGGCUAUGCUGCAGGAUCCCCAGAUGAGCUUUGGGGUGAAGCAGCCCGCAGAUGCAAGACCGAGUGGCCAGGUCGAUGCUGCAAUGAAGAGCAAUGUCCGGACUCUCGUGGAAGCUGGCUUCUUCUCUGAGUCUCCGAGUGCAACUGCUGCGGCGAAGGUGUUUACCAGAUCCCGUGUUAACGAGGCUCGACCGGGGUUGUUUCUUUAA